AUGUCACAUCCACCACCUCCAGGCACGAAUCUCCCUGCGCGCCCGCCCGCCAGCACAUCGAGGCCAGGCUUCAGAUCGAGCUUCAACCCGUCGGGCCAGUCCUCUGCCGCACCGGCAUCGUCAUCGUCGACGCCGUCGUACUCGAAUGCAAACUCCGCGCGAGCAGCCGCCGCCUCGAGCUACCCAGCUGCCCAAGCCCACUAUGGCUCGUCCUACUCGAGCUAUCCUAGCCACGCUGCGGGCUCGUCCGUGAACCGCUCUGCUUCGGGAUACUCGUACCCUCAAGCAGGCAAUCAGCAACAACACUAUCCCCAGCAACAGCAAGCGCAAAGCUACGCCCCUCAUGCCUAUUCGCAGCAGCAGUCGCAGUCGUACCAGGGCCAGUCAUACCAGGCCCAACCGUACCAGGCCCAGCAGUACCAAGCAGCACCGCGUAUCCAGAACCCUUUCCCUACGCCAGGUGCUGCUGCUGCCGCUGGACCUGACUACGACCCGGACAUGGCUGCCCAGAUUGCCCAAUGGCAGAGCGCCUACGGCCCCCGCGAAACCGACAAGGACGGCAAGCCCGUGCCGGCGCCAGAGUACGCGAAGCCCGAGGUCGUAGACCCGACUGCGCAGACGGACAAGAAGAAGACUGUUGUUCGAGAGGGCGGCGGCAAGAAGUGGACGGACGACACAUUGCUGGAAUGGGAUCCGUCUCACUUGCGCCUCUUUGUUGGAAACUUGGCUGGCGAAACGACAGACGAGUCUCUCCUCAAGGCGUUUGCUCGGUGGAAAUCCGUGCAAAAGGCCAGAGUCAUUCGUGAUAAGCGCACGACAAAGUCCAAGGGAUACGGCUUCGUCAGCUUCAGCGACGCCGAUGACUUUUUUCAGGCGGCCAAGGAGAUGCACGGCAAAUACAUCCAGAGCCAUCCCGUUGUCGUCAAGAAGGCCAAUACGGAGAUUAAGGCGACAAAUGUUAAGAAUAAGGGACACAACAACAAGAAGAAGGGCGGCAACAGUGGUAGUGGGAACCGCGGAAAUGAUUCCGGGGCUGGAGGGUAUGAGCCGAAUCUUGGUCCUCGAUCGGGUUCUGGCGUUACCAAGGCUGGGCAGAAGACGAAGAAUGGUUUACGCCUUUUGGGUUAA